GUUCCGCCACAGGUCCUUCCCCAGCCCCCCGAGGCAAGCCGAUAGCGGCGGAUCCGGCGGACCGCCCUACGGUCACUGUACCUCUUCACACGCAAGGCCAAAUGGAUGGCCAUCAUAAUAAUAUUGCCUGAAUUCGUCUUCGGGUGGGCUCUGAGCAGCUACAUCAGCGCACGCAGGAGUACAUGGUCGAUUGUGGCCUACCAGCAGAGGGGCGCUGGCAGCGAGGGGCGCUGGCAGCGAGGACCGCGACGAGGAUGAAGCGGACUGGACUAUGACACACUCCAUGUACGCUAAUAUUGGGGGGUUCGUAGUUCGGUUUCCCCGACGGCAGUCUGAAUGGAAGCCUGAUCCUCCUGAGCCAGGUUUUGAACUAUCAUGGAGUCGGUGGUUGGAUGAAUUCGUCGAAGACAACGAGCGCGGUCAUCCGUGGCUUGGUGCCUACGACUGGAAGGCCCACCCAGAGCACUACAGACUAGCCAAGGACCUGUUGGAGUCUGAGGCAGACUUCCUGUGUAAAUCGAAAAGAUGUGACCACCGCGAAGCUUGCCGAGCCCUGAGUGGGGACGUCUGGGUUCUCUCGGCGGCUCAGAUCCUCAAGGCUCGCGAGUUCGGCAUCAUCGACAAGCUGCGCACAAUCAAUGAGAACGAGAUCAAGGACAAGAGCAAAGAGGAUGCACUCAUCAAAAUCCUAGCGCUCAUUCAGGCUGUGUGGUUGCCCAUCGAGCUGAUAAUUCGAGCCUCGACGAGGAGACGGUCGUCUCAGAUGGAGAUCAUGGCGCUGGCUUUUGCCGUCUGCGCACUCAUCUCAUAUCUGCUUCUCCUUCCCCAUCCCAAGGACGUCUCCAUCCCCACUGUUCUGCGAGCCGUGCGCAGCCCAACAUCGACAGAAUUUGAGGCCAUCGUUCGAUGCACUGUUGGCAUCAUGGGUGCAUGGCCGCGUCCGGCAUAUACAAUGCCCAAUUUUGCAAUGCCAGACAAAGACGCUGAGCUGCUAAUGCUCCCAGGGACUGUUGGUGGACUUUUAGUCUUUGGCUUUAGUCCAUCUCAUUGCGUGGAACUUUGAGUUUCCCACGGCGACAGAGGCCCUCCUAUGGAAAGUUUCGGCCCUGGCGGUUGCACUGCUCCCCGUCGCCUGGCUCAU